AUGACAUGUAAUCCUAAGUGGCCUGAGAUAUGUGAUAACUUACAUGUUGGUCAAACUGCUACAGAUCGUCCAGACCUUGUUUCAAGAGUGUUCCGGGCUAAAUUAGAAGAUCUUAAGGAUCAACUCUUCAAGAAACAUGUCCUCGGGGAAGUUAAGUCAUACGUCUAUGUCAUUGAAUUUCAAAAGCGGGGUUUGCCGCAUGCACAUUUUCUCCUAAUCAUGUACCCGCAACACAAGAUCAAUAACGCGGACCAUUAUGAUAAGGUUGUGUGUGCUGAAAUUCCUAACAAACUAACACAUCCCAGAUUGCAUGAGAUGGUUGUCAAGCACAUGAUUCACGGUCCUUGCGGCAAUUUACGAUCAAGCAGUCCUUGUAUGCAGGGUGAUCCUAAAAUUUGUCGUUUUCACUAUCCUAGACAAUUUAACGAACAGACGACACAAGGAGAAGAUUCGUAUCCGUUGUAUCGAAGGAGAGACACCGGGAUAGAAGUGGACCUACGAGGACAAACACUUGAUAAUAGAUGGGUGGUCCCAUAUAACCCAAGGCUUUUGAUGAUGUUUAACUGCCACAUGAAUGUUGAAGUUUGCUCAAGUAUAAAAUCUGUGAAAUAUCUUUUCAAGUAUGUUUAUAAAGGACAUGACAAACAGGUUAUUCAAGUCGAUCAAAGUGAGCCAGGGGUUGUUAUUAAUGAGAUAAAAAGAUUUCAAGAUGCACGCUACAUAUCGCCCCCAGAGGCUAUGUGGCGAAUUUUUUCCUUCUCUCUUUCUCAAAUCUUUCCUGCUGUUCUAGCCUUACAACUUCAUCUCCCAAAUAAUCAGAUGGUUAGAUUUAGAGAUGAUGACUUGAUGCCUAAUAUUGUUGAUAGGGAAAGGGAUAAGAGAACCAUGCUAACAGCAUUUUUUGAUCAGAAUAGAAACGAUGAAAAAGCAAGGGUACAUUUGUAUAAAGAUUUUCCAAAACACUAUACUUGGAAUGGAAGCACACGCCGUUGGAGUCGUCGUUUCGGUAAAAAACAAAGAGGUCGUAUCGUUUCCGCUAAUCCAGCCGAAGGAGAAAGGUACUACUUAUGCCUACUUUUGUCAAAUGUCAGAGGGCCUACUUCUUUCGAACAUCUUUGCACAGUUAAUGGUCAACGGUGUGCGACAUUUCGGAAAGCAGCUCUUGAGUUAGGCUUAAUAGAAGACGAUGAAUAUCUAUCACAAUGUCUCGAAGAAGCCUCUACGUUUCAGUUUCCCAAUGCUCUUAGAAGGUUAUUUGCGACCAUAAUGAUUUUUUGCCAACCUGGAGAUGUUCGAAAGUUAUGGAAUGACCACUUUGAUUCACUAUUUGAAGAUCAUCGGUUACACUGUCAAAGUAUAGAACGAGUUCAAAAUAUGGUUCUUACCGAAAUAAGUGUCUUGGUACAAUCCAUGGGUAAAAAUUUCAAUGAAUUCGACCUUCCUAAGAUAACUGACGAUGUUAACUUACAAGAUGCAGGUUAUCGUGAGUUACAAGAAGAGUAUGGGAUUGUUUUGGAACCUGAACACUUGAGUGCCAAGCAUUCACUUAAUCCGGACCAAAAAAAUGUGUUUGAUGAGAUCAUGAUGCAUGUUGAUAAUGAUCUUCCAGGCGUGUUCUUUAUUGAUGGUCCAGGUGGAACUGGAAAAACAUUUUUGUACAUUGCCUUGCUUGCUGAAAUUCGGUCACGUGGUCUUAUUGCUCUCGCAACAGCUUCAUCAGGUGCAGCGGCUAAUAAUAUGCCAGGAGGUAGAACGGCUCACUCGAGAUUCAAGAUUCCUCUUAAUCUUGAAAAUAAUUCAAUGUGCAAUAUUAAAAAACAGAGUGGGCCGCUAAACUGA